GAAACGGUGCUUGCGUCCGAACAGCGCAUGUUAGCUGCUAACUAAAACAAUACAACUUAACACCUAAUUUUCGACGCCACGAGAGGCGCAGUGCACCCAUGGAGGUUCUCGACUCUGCAGAGAAAACAAGCGAUCCAAGCCUGUCUCUCUCAUCCCUCCAACUCCUGGUGCCACCUCUGCAGCUUUUGUCUGCCUCCAUGUGGCAGCUGGUGAAGCAGAAAGAUGUGAUGAACUACCAGAAGCUGCAGGAGUUCGUGUUCAAAGUGACAGAGGCGAUUCCUGGUCUGAUCAGCCACAGGCAGAGAGCCCAGCUCAUCCUUGGACUCAGAGCGAGGUUGAUACUGGAGCUUUGCAAAGGCUCGACACGUGGUUCUGUUGAUUCUCAAGCAAUCCAGAGCCAUUUGGACAGACUCCCAGUAACCUCUGAAAACACAGAUUAUAGGGAUGCAGAGGUGAAAACAACAGAGUCUACUUUUGUCGCUCUGGUUCAAAGUCUGCUGAAAGAUCCAAUUGAGAGGGCAUAUUUUUUUCAGGAAGUGUUUCCAGUGGAAUACGGUCCACAGUAUGACUCAGCACUAAAUAUGUUAUUAUGGGAUCUGCUCUCCAAGCUGGAAAAGUUGCUUCCAGUACCAGACCUAAAGCAGACUGUAGCCUGGCUGGACUCAGCUCCUUCUGUUUUGGAGGAAUGCAUUCAGCUGUCAACUGAAGAUCUGAGCUUUAUCUACCAGCACUACAAAAGUUCAGGACUACUGAAAAUGGCAUACGGUCCUUCUUCCACUGCUGGUAACUCCAUCAUGUCUGCAUUAUCAAUCCCUCCCUCACAAAAGACAAAUGUAUCAGUUGGACUGGACUCCAUCCAUAACUACGCUAACGUAUUGAACCCCGUCACUUUAGUGGGAACCGACCAGUACAGCGUGGUCACCGUUUACACUGAAGUGGAAGUCGGAGCAGCUGAGGUGGAUGUGCAAAUGAUGGAGUCGGCUGCAGUUCAAGUUCAGACAGAUUUCUAUGAAGAGGAGAUAGUGGCUGUAAGUGCUGAUAGCGCUGGCGAUGAAGAGGCUCCUGCUGUGAGGGCUGAAGAAACGAGUGAGACUGUGGAUGUAGCGAAAGCUUUGGAGACUUUGACGAGAACCUUUGCAUUAAGGGGGCAAGACGUACUUACAGAAAAGAACAACCAGUCAUCCAUAAAUGACGAUCUUGAAUCAGGAAAGGGAACAGAUGAAGGAAAAAGCCAUGAAGGGCAUGAAAUAAGUGACCAAGUGACUAAAGGGAAACGGGAAGUCAUUGCAGAAGAAGUGACAGAUGAGUUCCAGCUUGGAGGCAUAGAGAGAAAUAUAUGCACAGACCUGAUAGAUAAUUCAUUUUCUGCUCAAGAAAUGGCAGAAAUCCAGACUGAAAUGUCGGAAGCACAGGAGUCUGACACGUCAGGAAACAUGCGCAGAUCCACACGUCUGCAACUAAAGACUUCGCCGAGUUGGAACGAGACGUGUAAAAUAAAAAGGACAACAAGAGAAAAUCCUGAAGAACCAAAAAUGAGCACUGCUGAUGGAUCAGCUGCCCCUUCUGUGAUAGCCAUCAAAGGAUCUGACAAAGGAGAUGCACACGAGAUGACGUCUAUCAUCUUCACCUGCUCGCAGUGUCCUUUCCAUAACUCGGAUAAAAACAGUCCUCCACACUUCCACAUGCAGAGCGUUCGCAAAGAAGCAUACAGGACUCUCUCAGGAGUUAAAUUUACGCCAUCCCCCUCCAGCACAGAUGAAAUAUUUACAUCUAUUAAACUUUUUCCCAGAGGAAACUCUGAGGAGAGAAAAGCAGAGCAGCCAGAGCAAAGCAGAGAGAGUGUUUCUCAGUUGCAUGGCCGUCAGAGAUCGCUCACAUGCGAAACAUGCGGUAAGACGUUCACCCGGACAUCGGAUGUCAGGAGACACCAGCUCACUCACACGGGAGAGAGACCGUUUCACUGCUCGCAGUGUAACCGAACCUUCCAGCACUCAUGGGAUCUGGCGAAGCAUGAGAGCAAACAUCACGGCGUAGCCAUCUCCUUCACCUGCCAGGUAUGCAGGAGCUCCUUCGCUAACCUGAGGGCGUUGACUGUCCACCAUAAAAAGUCUCACUCACAGGAGAGCCAGCUGCCUCAAAUGUGCUCCAUCUGCAGUCAGAGUUUCCCGACUUCGCCUGAGCUGCUGGAGCACAGGAAGUCCCACGUCACCGCUAAACGCUACAUCUGCCAGCAGUGCGGCGAAGGCUUCGACACCCUGCUCGCACGCUCUCAGCACAGGCAGAUGCAUCAGGUGAAGCGUCAGUUUAAAUGUCCACAUUGUGAGAAGACGUACACUCGGAGGUCUGACGUUAAGAGGCAUCUGUCCACCCAUACUGGGGAGCGACCCUACCAGUGCAACCAGUGCAGCAAACGAUUCUCGCUGCGCUUCAUGCUCAUCAAACACCUCCGUGUUCACACGGGUGAGCGCCCUUUCCAGUGCUCCCACUGCCCGAAGAGGUUCACCCUGGUGUCUGUGCUGGCCAGACAUGAGAGGAUGCACACCGGGGAGAAACCCUUCCUCUGUUCUCAGUGCGGGAAAGGCUUUUUGUCACAGGGCGAGCUCUCAAAACAUCACAGGUCACACGUGGACGACAGGCCGUACUCCUGCCCUCAGUGCGGGAAGCGCUUUAAGAGCAAGAAAACACAGCAAGAGCACAUCGUCUCGCACACUGGGGCCCGCCCCUACCCCUGCACUUACUGCGGGAAGGGCUUCACCAAACCCUACGCCCUCACCAGACACAACCUGAUCCACACAGGAGAGAGGCCAUUCCCCUGUGGACACUGUGAGAAGUCCUUCCUCACCCUCAGCGAGGCUCAGUUGCAUCAGAGAAUCCACACAGGGGAACGCCCAUAUCCUUGCAACACAUGCGAGCUGAAGUUCAAGAGCUCGUCCGAGCUGGCACGACACAAACGCAGCCAUUCUGGCUUAAAGCGGGUGAAGCCGCGGUGCGAGCGGUGCAUGAUGACAUUCGCAUCUAAGGCCAAACUGAAAAAACACAUGGAGACACAUAGGGACGGAGGAGACACAGUGCAGUCUGUAGAGACCAAGGAAUGAAACUUGUAACAGAAACUCUCAGAGGCUAAAUAAGUAGGGUGGGGAAAAAGAAGGAAUAUUAUGUUUAGAUUUAUAUAAUUGGAGAAAAUAUAUUUUAUGCAGAUCAGGAGCGAAACAGGCCCGCAGCUUGUCAGUAAAUUAGAUUUUUUUUUUUUUAAAUAGUUUCCGCUUUUUAUAUUGGCAGUUUUACUCUUUUCACUUCACAACAAGGAAAUCAUAUUCAAUACUUUCAAACGGAAAAUGAACAAAAACUGCUCCUGUAGUGGACUUUUUCACUGCGUGUACUGUCUUUUUCCUUCUCUGUAUUGCCAUUGUACUAUUGCCCACCUAUAAAUGAAAACAAAGAUACUACCAGCAGGUAGUAAACAAAGGAAAAACAUGAUUUUCUAGAUCCCAUUUCUAGACUUCUUGGAGAACUCUGUCAUCAUACUUUAAAAUGAGCAUCAUGCAAUAAAUGGUCCUUUCAU